AUGUGGGCUUUGUUCGAAGAGGUGGUUCAGUCGCUGCCAAAUGCGCCCGCCGUACAGUUCGAGACGUCCGCGCCCUGGAGCUAUGAAGAGCUGCAUAAAUCAGCCUCAAAGUUUGCUGAGCAGCUUCAGCGCGUGGUAAAAUCUGGCCAACAUGUUGCUGUCAUGCUCGAACGCUCGCCAGCGCAAGUUGCUUCUAUUUUAGCAAUCGCCAAGAUCGGCGCGGUCUACGUGCCUGUUGACCACAACCUCCCGCGAACAAGGGUCCAUAGCAUUGUUGCGAGCGUCGAGGAUUGCGUCAUUCUUUGCGACACAAACGGAAACGCCAUCUUAGAGGAGAAGAUGCCUCGUCUUCUCGUCACUGGGGAGGGAAGGAAUCUCGCUAUUCAGCCUUAUCAUCUGGCCUCCAAUGCGCAAGCAACUUGUGUGGACCCUUCCGAGGACGACGUCGCCGCCGUUCUAUUCACUUCGGGUAGCACAGGCAAUGCAAAAGGAGUCCAGCUCACACACCGCAACCUGAUUCUCCCAGCACGCUUUUUGGCCGAGCGGGAGAAGAUUGGCCCGUCGAGCCGUGUCUUUCAAUUCGCACGGUCAUCUUUCGACGUGCACCUUAUUGAUAUUAUGUGUGCGCUUCUGCACGGUGGUCUACUCUUGCAAGUUUCCCAAGACAAGCUUAUGACCGACACCGCUGGUUGGAUGCGCCGCUUAGAGGUCAACACAGCCCACCUCACACCCAGCACAAUCUCCAUGUUGGACCCAGAGCAGUUGCCUGCUCUCCAGUACCUGGUCACCUGUGGCGAACCCGUCACUCGCGGUAUUAUAGACCGUUUUGCCAGCCGCGUGGUUUUGACGAACCUUUAUGGGCCCUGUGAGGCGUCAUCCGUGGUUGCAAAAACACUGCGCCCGGGAGAUGACGUGAGUGUCAUCGGGAGGCCGUCUCCCCACGCGUCAGUGAUGGUGAUCACGCCCGGCGGAUACGCUGCCGCAGAGGGGACGACUGGAGAGAUUGUGGUCAAAGGUGGCAGCGUCUUCAAGGGCUAUUCCAACCGGGACGUACACCCCUGUUUUCUCGACGCCGUGUUGUUCCCUGGGAUGCAGAGAGUUUCUGGCCCUUGGUAUUGUACGGGGGACUAUGGAUACGUGGAACCAUCAUCGGGUAAUGUGCACCUCGUUGGGCGUAUGGAUGAUCAGGUCAAGGUCAACGGUCAGCGUGUGGAGCUCGGUGACAUCGAAGCCGUCGUGUCACAGUACGUAGGCCGUUGCACUGUCCUGGCCCAUUCUGUGGGUGGUCGAAGGCGCCUGUUCGCGGUCGUUUCCCGCAAGCGGGACUUGAGUCCUCCGGAGGAAGACGUUAGGCGGGAUUUUGACGGUGCGGCACUUGAGAAAGUCGUCUUUAACGCCUGCAGCAAGUGUUUGCCGCCUUACAUGAUCCCGAGGACAAUUGCUGUGCAGGCGAUACCGCAAUCCCCCAGCGGCAAGAUUGACGCCAAAAAGAUCCGGUCUUUUAUAGAGUCGCUGCAUCAGGGAGACGCACACUUUUUCAGGUCUGCCCACGACAGCAGUCUUCCCCUCCAUCAGCGUAUCACGGCGCUGGUGAGCGAAAGGCUCCAGCAGCAUGUCCCGCGCGGCGAUAGCCUUUUAGAAUGGGGCUUCACCUCUGUCGACGCCACCGCUCUCAUCAAAUCGGCCUUGGAUAUAUCCGGCCGCGAGAUUCGAUUUCGAGACUUUAUGGCUGACCCUUCGAUAGACGGUAUUUGCCGACUCAUCGAGUCGGCUGAAACAAGAGAAAAGGGAGUAUCCAGAGCAGCACAGGUACACACUGCCAUGGAGAAUUUUGUGUGUGAAUCAUGGUAUCGACCUACGCUUGCCCAGGAGAGCCUCUUUCGCGCAUCUCAGAUGUGCGGUCACCACGCAUAUAUUUGCUCCUUUGCAUUCGAGAUUCUCUCUCCGAUCGAUGUGGGCCGUUUGAUACGUUCGGUCGAGAGCGUAUACGGGCGACAUGAUGCCUUUAAUACUUCAUUUUCAGACGAACACGUACCUACAGGGGCGGAGGACCCUUGUAUCAUGGCCCGUGUCCGAAAUCGAGACUUCUGGGCCCGGAGUCGCUCUAGAACCGUAUCAUACCGAGAGGUUGAGCAUCUCAUGACCGCAACCCAGAAAAAAAGCGUUGCCGACCUGCUUCUGGCCGCGUUCCAGGCCGAUCAUCCGCAGGAAAAGUCAUUGGAUUUGGCAGUCGAUCCCCCAGCUUGGAUGACCCUUUACGCUGCCGACGAAAAAGGCAGCAGCUGGUUGGCUGUGUUUAAAUUCCAUCAUCUCGUUAUUGACCUACACUCCUUCCAGCGGUUCUGGUCGGAUGUCAUUACAGCAUACCGCCAGGGCCCUGAGGACUUCGCUCGCGCUACGCCAACACCGCCUCUUUCGUUUCGUCAUUUCGCCGAAAUGUAUCGGGCGCAGGUUCUUGCGCGUCGAGAUCGAGAUAUGGAGUGGUGGACCGAGAGGGCGCGUAAUUUUGCCCCUGAACCUAUCCUACAGCAUGCUGACCAUGGCGAUGAUGACAAGAGUUCCGGGGAAGACUACGCAGCAUCCAUGCUUUGGCAACCAAUGUCAACCCAGAUCGUUGCUCAGUUCCUCAGCAAUCGUCCGGCUGGCACAACAGCUUUCGGGCGAUGGCUGGGGCUGUGUCAGAUAUUCAUGUAUCGGCUCACCGGCGCAGCGCGUUUCCUGAUGGGUGUGCCCGGCUCAGUCCGCACCGAGCAGCCAAGGUUUUCUGACGUUGUUGGCUACGGCAUCACCCUCGGCGUUUUGCCCGUAUCCAUCCCUGCCGAGGACCAUGUACGGGUCGCCGAUUUUUUAAACGCAGCAGCACGCGAUUAUUGGGACUGCCAUGAGCACGACCAAGCGAUCGAGGAUGUUGUUCGUUGCUUUCCUGCAAGGCCAUCAGCGUAUUCGCGCGUGUCACCGGAGCCGGCAAAGAUCAACUUCCAGUUCGCGUACGAGGACGGCGCCAGGCUUCAAGGCCGGCAAGAAAUCGAGCAUGGAUGCUCGGGCAGUGAUGGACCGGCCAUCGUGUACAAACCGCUGGAUGUUCCGCCUCCCAAUAGCCACUACGCCCUUGUGAUCCACGUCGAUGACUCGGCUGUGUCACCACGUGUGGGUUUUCACUACCAGACAAGAUCCUUCGACGAAAGGGGUCUCCACUCCAUUGUCGCGCUUUUUGAAGACACUCUGGCGGCCGUCACAAAGGGCGGCAACGAUCUGCGCAUCCGAGACCUACGGCCAGACCGACCACUUUACCCUGUUACCUACGCCGCGAAUCCUACAAGUGUACAUCAAGUAGACGCGUCUCCCAGUUUGAGCCUGGGUACAUCUCCAUCACAGCCGUCACAGCCGUCACAGCCGUCACAGCCGUCACAGCCGUCGCUGAUGCAGAUUCUGAAGGAAUGCUGGGCGGAUAUUCUUGGCGGCAGUCCCAACAGCCUGCAAGAUGACCGCUCUUUUUUCAGGUCGGGCGGUGAUAGCAUUUCUGUCAUUAGGUUUUGUUCAAAGGCCAGGGCCAAGGGCGUUGUCGGAUGUACGGUUGGUAAAGUCUACGCCUCGCCGACUCUGGCGCAGAUGGCCAAGGCGUUUCGACUAAAGGAGGCCCUAACCACAGCCCUGCCGAUGCCUCAAUUAUGCCUUGGGCCGCAGGAGAGCUUGCAGGAGGGGCCUGUACAAGGAAGAAGCCUUGUUGGCUCUCAGUUACCCACAGCAAUAAGUGCUGCUGCCAAAGUAUUUCCGCUACUCAACAUGUCCUCGGUAGGCGGUGCACUUGAGGCGGCCGGUAUUGCCCACAGUGAUGUAGAGGCUGUGUACCCCGCAACGCCCAUGCAAUCUGCCAUGAUCUGGCACAUGAGGUCGACCCCGGGCACAUAUGUAGUCCAGCACAUCCUCCGGAUUGAAGGUUCAGUCAACUGUGGGCGCCUCGAAAAAGCCUGGGAGAGGGUGGUCGCCGCCCAUCCUGCUUUGCGCACCGUGUUUGUCGAGUCCCCCAAGGCAACCGGUGACACGCCUUACUUCGGAAUCGAACUCAAACAAGGCAAAGACAGUGUAGUAUGCACAACACUACAACACCCGCUUGUCGCGGCGGAGAUGGAGGAUUUUCUCCUGAAAGAUCGUCAAUCUGGAUUCCCCGUGGCGUCCAAAACAGCUUGUCGACUUGUGCUGGUCAGACAAAGUGGCGCGGUGGACGGGAACUACACGAUGAUCUUGACGAUGAACCAUGCCUCGAUCGACGGCUGGAGCGUUGGUAAAAUUCUUGCGGACCUACAGGAUGCAUAUGAGGGCAUAAAGAUUCGGGACGGCUCUUCUUUUUCACCAAACGUUGCGCACAUGUUUGGCGCCGACCAAACUCAGGCCCGAGUAUUCUGGCAGUCAUACCUGAGUAACGCGUUAGUACCAAAGCCGGGCUCUGGCUUCUCAGACGAAUACGGUUCCGAAUCGCAGCCGGUUAUUCAGGUGGCUCGGAUCACACCCGAAAAUUCCAUCGGUGCUAAUUCUCUUCGUCUCGCUGCAUCAGCGUUAAAUACCACACCCUUCACGCUCGUCCAAUGUGCGUUCUCCAUGGCUAUAAGCUGCAGAGCCCCUACCCCAGCCACAUGUUCAACAAAGACGAAGGUGAUGUUUUGGACGACGAUAAGUGGGCGCGGGUAUCGAGAAGGCGACGCAGAAGCAGUUGGCAAUUUCAUCAAUACGAUCCCCUGCGUUGUUCACCAACCAGGCCACGAUGCCGAGUUGCGGCUCGCUGACUGGCUGCGGCAGGAGCAAGAUGCCUUCGGAGGCGCUGUCACGCACAGUCACUUUCCAGUUUCGGAAACUAUGAGCUUCCUGGACCCAGGCGAUGCAACCGUGAAUGCUCUUCUCGUGUUUUCGAACCAAAGUGGACUUGACUCGGCCUCAGCCAGAAGAAGCCUGCGCAUAAGCCAUGCCGGGGGUCAUGAUUAUUCCAACGUGGCUUACACUGUCGUUGUCACGCCAACCAAGGACAAAGUUGAAUUCCUCGCCAAAUAUGACGCGAGACUAGUCAGCGAAGGCGAGGCCAUGAAGAUACUUGCGCGUACGGCGGCACUUGUCAACUCCAUGGUAUCCAUGGCGGAGUCCAGUCACAACGGUGCGCUCCCGUCGGUGUGUCGUCUCGCCCAUCCGGAACUGGAUCACCCGGCCAAACACCACGUGCAAAGCCAGGUGCGGUCGUUCAAGGAUUUUAUGGCUCAAGCGUCGUGUUCAAAAGAUACGCUUGUUUCGCUUUUCAAAAAUGCAGUCAAAUCACACCCGUCUGCUGCGGCCAUUGAGAGUGCCUCCUUCUCCAUGACUUAUGCGGAACUGGACCGUGCUUCCGACCGCGUUGCGGUGCACAUGCUGACAGAGAUGGACCUCAGGCGAGGUCUUGUGGCCCUGUUCUUCCCUCGCUCCGUGUUCAUGAUCAUUGCCAUGUUGGGAACCCUUAAAGCCGGUCUUGCAUACUGCCCGAUUGAGUGGGAAGCCCCGCCGGCCCGCGUGGCCCGUCUGCUGCGGCAGCUCAACGUCUCGACCAUUGUCAGCAACAACCACGGCUUCGAAAUGCUCUCGUCGCUGGACGCCGUGAUUGAGGCUAUCAACGUUGACCGUAUCAUGGCUCUGGGCAUUCAUCCUCCAACGGCACGUCCAAAAACCGCUCUCCCGCCUAUUAUAUCGCCUGAUUCAACUUGUUAUGUCAUGCUGACCUCGGGCUCGACGGGAACACCCAAGCCCGCCAUCCUAACGCAUCGUGCCGUCACCAGCGCUGUGCAGCAGGCCGUCAAGGCCUAUGCACUGGGGCCUUCAUCACGCGUCUUGUUGUGUGCAAACUAUAUAUUUGACGCCUCGGCGACUGAUAUUUAUGGGUCUCUUAUAACCGGAGCGACGCUGGUGCUACGGUCAGAUAAUGAGCUCCGAACCGACUUGGCAGCCACGGUGUUGGCCUACCGCAUUAACUGGCUGCACGUCACGCCCACGGUGUUCAAGUUUAUGAGCCCGUCCGCGGCAUAUGGGCUUCGGACCGUCGUUCUCGGCGGCGAGAUGUUGCAUCGCAGCCUAGUCAGGUCGUUGACGGCGCACGUUCCUCUUGUCAUUGGCGCCUACGGCCCCACCGAGACAGCUAUCCAGGUUCUCGUAUCCCCCGUUGCAGGCGCUCGAGGAGGAGAUGAUGACGAUGUGGUGGUAUACGAUGCACUCCCGGGGAAUUUGGUUGUGCUGGCUGACCAGCGAGGCGAGCUUUGUUACAUCAACGAGCCGGGAGAGAUUCUUGUCGCCGGCGUUCAGGUCUUUGCCGGUUACGAAGGAGAGGUUGCCAGCGCAUCCCAGGAGUACUUCAUCGAGCUGCGAGACUUUCCAGGCCUCAAGUUCUAUCGUACGGGGGACUUGGCUCGCUGGUUGCCCGACAUGCGCAUCCAGAUCCUAGGAAGGCGGGAUGCCCAGCUCAAGGUGGCUGGGAUGCGCAUCCACCCUGCCGAGAUUGAAACCGUGCUCGAGUCGCACCCGGAUGUGUUGAGGGCUUCUGUCGCUUCCUGCAGUGGGAGACUGUGUGCCAUGGUGCAAGCCAAAGACUGUGCAUCACCAAGCCUCGAGGGACGGGAUCUCGCCGCCUUUUGCAGGACAAUUCUCCCUGGGCGUUUAGUGCCUUCGUUCAUUUCAUCUGUGGAUAGGUUGCCGGUUCUGCCCAGCCAAAAGAUAGACCGGGCCAAAGUGUUGGCCAUGAUUGAGCAGCAUUUGGCUCAAGAUGGCGCGUCGGCGGACUCCAGACACCUCUCCAGGGCAGAAGCUGCCCUGUGGAGUCUUGUUCUCCAAGUAACAAGCGCGUCUUCCGGCGCUUCGGUCCCCGACCCAAACACGGCCCUCAGCGAUCACGGAGUUGAUUCUCUGGGCUUCAUACAGCUGCGUGGGAUACUUGCCCGGGAUUUCGGAGUAGUGGCAAGCUACUCGGAGCUCAGGAAAAAGGGAACCAUCCGUGCCAUAGCUGCCCUUAUCCCGAGUGACAGGAUCCCUCAAGAAAAGUCAACAAGGACGCGGCAAACACCAGCUGACAUGCAGGUUCUGGCCCACAACGAAGACCGUCAAAAGGCCAAGAGAGUGGGCAGUUUCCCAGCCCUCCCAAGCCAGCGCACAGCGUGGGUUGCCCAGCAGAGCUUGCGUGACAGCCGCUACAAUGUGCAACGGGUCGCCGAGAUCCGAAACUUCCAUGGCUCACGCGUACUGGACGGACUUAUGAAGGUCGUGUCGGCCGUGGACCUGUUCCGCACUGUUUUCAAGUUUGAUGCAAAGCAUUGCUGCCUGCAGCAGGUGCUGCUGCCACAGCCCAACGUUAGCGUCGAAUAUACAGUGAUUCGCGAGGGUGAGGACCCCAUGAGCAUAAUCAGGGAAACCAUAAGCAGCGACACCUUCGUCUUCGACCUGGAAAAGGGCCCCAUGGCCAAGUGGAAGGUCUUCGAGGCGCCGGAGAACGGUACUCCAAGAGUGUUUCUGUACAGCAACAUUCAUCACAUCCUCGUGGAUGCGCACACAACACAUCAGCUCGGCCAACUUUUGGGCCAAGCCAUGCAAGACCAACCAUUGCGCCUGCCUACCACUCACGCUGUGGAUCUCGCGCUCGAGCUCCAGAAGAGGGAGGUUCAGCAAGCAAAGGACAUGGAUCGGUGGAAGUUCACGUUGCGCGGCGCGCGCAAAUUCGAAAGUGUAUUUUGUUCAACGACGCCAAAGUCCUGUCAUAACAAGUCUUUCGGAUCCGUGCUACGUACCGUAUCAUUACCGACCAUGGGUCAAAAAGGGUUAAUGGAACCCUUUUUAGCCACCUUUCUCCUCCUCAUACAUCACUAUACAGGGUCAGACGAUGUCACCAUUACUACCCCGGUGUCCUCGCGUGGAUCGGUGCCGGAAUUCAGCACCGUCCUCGGUAACCUUACCAACGCCGUGUUUUUACGCAGCCAGAUAUUUGCGACGGAUACGGUGGAGUCUUUUGCCAGACGCGUUUGUGCGGCCAUUGAAUUUGCCAUUGAGGCAAAUCAACCCCUGGAAGCUGUAGCGUCAGCCUGCGGACUAGUAUUGAGGGACCAUUCGGUGCAAUUUGUGUUGCAUGACGAGCGUCGCACUCGCUGCGAUGGAUACGUGACCGACAUCUCAGUCGAGACGCUGCAGUCAUUCACGCAAUCGUCAAAGCCCAAGGUUAAUCUAGCCUGGCACGUCUUCGUCCGUGACGAAACUUCCUUCGAGCUGCUCAUCGAGUACGAAACUACGCAACAUAAUCAAGCCUGGAUACAGUCAGCCGCUGAUGUGUACAAAACCCUGGUGGAGCGACUGGCAAGCGCUGAAUUUGCACAGCAUCACCCGAGCUCUGUGCUCGCAGAACUAAAGGAGUUGGUCGCCCUUGAACCCGAAUCGUCCAGACACAGCACUCACUCGGAUCAAGAGCCGCUGAGCGCUAGUUCUAGCUGGUCCAGCAACGACGGCCAAAUCCAGACCCCAAGCCAAUCUUGCAUGUCUUGGCAAUCAGUUAAUCAUGAGCAUGACGACGACGACGAUAUAAGAAAUAAGUGUUCUGACGAGACUCAGGUCCCACCAACCAGCCAAGCUGUAAAGAACGGGCAUGAUUUCGAGGUGUUGCUUACCAAAACCUUGCAGGAAACACUCGGCGCCCCGACCAUUGACCCCGAGAAACCGUUCCAUGAACUCGGCCUGGACUCUUUUGGCGCCAUGGCGUUUAUUUCAAACAUAUAUGAGGUAGCACCAGAACUCGAGGUCAAUAUUGGGGAUAUAAUGGAACAUCAAACCAUACAAAACCUAGCCCGAUGGCUCGCAGGUUCAAUGGACGAAUCGGCCACCGAGGCCGGUGAAGAUCAAAAGAACUCGCAACGAGUGCCUCAUCAAGACGCUUGCCCCGACGACCAGCAGAGACAGAUCGCUCCCGCAAGCCACAUUCAGCGCCUAUUUUACCUCCUGCAAGAGCAGCUGGGCGACACCACAUAUUCAGUGCCCGCGUUGUACCGCGUGCAUGAAAUCCCCAUAGUCGCCGUGCUCGCAGCAGCCCAAGCCAUUGCAAAUACGCACGACGUUUUCCGCACCACCUUUGACGUUGAGGACGACGAGAUUCUGCAGGUAGUGAACGCCAACCCCGAUCACAAAUAUUCACUGUACGAUUUCAGCAGUCGACCAGACCUUGCCGUGAGCAUCCAAGAGAUGCGUAGGAUAUGCCACCAAGACUGCGGUACCCUUUUCGACCUCACAACAGGGCCCCUCGUCCGCUUCCAUGGCUUUCUGUUGCCUGACCGGUCGCAGUUCUUUUUCGUCAACUUCCACCACAUCAUUGUCGACGAGCAGUCCCUCGGUUGCUUUAUCAAGCAUGUCGAGGCCGUUGCCACGGGGCGCCAGUCUGUUCACGAGGCAAUCCCCAAAGCUUCGUACCUGGACGUGACUAGGCGACAAAACAAACUGCUACAGGAUCCCGCCCAUUUAGCCAAAGCCACCGAUUUUUGGCGCCGCGCACUGAGCGACGACAAAAGCCAUGUCGCCUGGGGGGGUGUCGAUACUAAAGAUCCGUCUCUGUCCAUCUUCCAGCCCGCCAAGUUUGUCAAGCGUGCCAUGACUCUAGGCGGCGACUCGGCCGGCUGGGCGUACCCGCUUGGCGCCACGAGCUUCGGGGCUCACUUGUUUGCUCUGCAGCUGCUUUUGGCACUGCGAAAGGGCAAUAGCACAAAUACCAUGCUUAUCCCGGCAACCUGCCGCAACCCACGGUUCGGCGAGCAGGAUAUGUAUGGUUCCUUUGUGAACACGCUGCCCGUACCACUGGAGCUCCAUCAUGACCAAGACCUACGCGAAAACUUGGCACGCUUCAACCGCACCCUGGGUGGCGUUCUCAGCUAUGCCCAUAUUCCUAGUCAGAUGAUUAUGGACAUGUCUGGUCGCAAAUUUGGGCAAUUCGACAUGAUGUUCGUAUAUCACGAGUCAUGUGCUCCGUCCGAAAGCAGUAGACGGACGGAGCCAAAACGGCGCCCUAAGCUUGAGAGGGCUAUGGAGAUGUUGCCUGCGUCGCCGCCCACGACGGCCAAGUUUCCUGUGACACUUAACCUAAACAAGGUGUUCAACUCGGAGGAAUGCACGACAUUGCUGCAGAUAUAUGUCGAAUACAACCCAGGUCUGGUAGAUGAGGCAAGCGCUGCUUUGUUCUGUCGGCAGUUCGAGCGCCUGCUUGGGCUUCUGAACGGUAGGGACACGGCGGCCCUCUCAAUCGGCAGUCUGUCAGCGGUGCUUGACGAUGCGUCCUCGCCAGCGGUGCCCCCUCAUUUCCACGGUCGGGUGGAUACAGCGCUUGCAAGGGAGAAUUUCAUCGAUGUGCAGAUUCUCGAGCAGGCAGAGCGCACACCGGAAGCUCUGGCGGCGGUUUUCGAGAAUGAUGUGGCCAGGGCGACAUACCGGGAACUCGCAGACAUGGUGUACAACGCACGCCACAUUAUAUCCUCUGCCAAGGGAGGAGGCAUUGCACAUUGCACGUCCCUGCGUGGCAAACGGAUUGCAGUCGUGGGCGACGUUUCAAUCGAACGGCUAGCCGUCCUGAUUGCCGUUAUGAGUCUGGGAGCAGCUUACAUCCCUAUCGACCUAGCAAACCCUCUCGACUGGAACAAGACAAUUGUAAAAGAUUGCGAUCCAUGCUGCAUGGUAUUCAUGCCGGAAGAAGCAGGGUCCCAGCGGGAAGAUUCCAGCGCCAACCUCUGGUCUUACAUGGGAGAGUCUGUCCCCACAUGUACCCGCGUCCGCAUCCCAGCUGGGCUCCACGCUUAUGGGCCUUUCAAGAAUAGAAACAUGUUGUUCCCGGUCCAGGAUCGUUCCGACAACGACAUAGCAUACGUUCUUUACACCUCAGGCUCGACAGGCGUCCCCAAAGGCGUGCCAAUCAAGCAUGGCGGACUCAAGAAUUCGGUCGCUGAACACCGGCGCUGUUGCAUGUUUUCAACAGCAACCCGGCUUCUCGGAGUCGCCCCUUGGACCUUUGACGUCUCGGUGGUAGACAUGUUCGGCCCGUUGAGCAUCGGGGCGCAGCUUGUUUUGGGUCGUCGCGAUUAUAUUCUUUCGGACCUCACCGGCGUGGUACAGUACCAUUCCGUUUCCCAUAUCAGCACGACGCCGACCGUUGCAUCUCUGCUCGACCCGGACGAGGUGCCCACUAUCAAAUCACUCGCAUUAGGAGGCGAACCCAUGACAAAAGCAACUCGUGACGCGUGGGCGCCUCGAAUUAUGCUGUUGAACGUCUACGGCCCGACCGAGGCGACGGUUGACGUUAUCACGCGACGCUGCUACCCCGAUACACCCAUUUCCAAUAUCGGUCGCCCUCUGGCCAAUGUACAAGCGUACAUCCUGGACGAUUCGGCGGAGUUGCAGCAGGUACCUGCGGGCGAGGUUGGACAACUCGCCCUGGGCGGCGUACAAGUGUCACCAGGCUAUCUGCGGGAUCCACCGGGCCGCCCGUGCCCUUUUAUCCAGCACAUAAAAUAUGGCCCGUUGUACCUAACGGGCGAUCUUGCCAGCUUCGAACCAGACGGUACCAUUGUAUGCAAGGGGCGUAUGGACAAUAUGAUAAACCUGCGAGGGUUGCGCGUCGAGCUUGGAGCAGUGGAAUCAGUCGCCGAGGAAGUGCUAGUCGGUCGGACAGGGGCUGGAAAAUGUGUCACAUCCAAGCUGCUCAAAAACGGCAGCGCCCAGGAGGUCCGGGUUGCCCUCUUCUGUGCUGCUGAGGAUACCACAACUGCUGAUGCCGAUACAAGAAUUAAGAUCGGCACGGUUACGGCACGUCAAACUGUUACGGCCAAGCAGCAGGAGUUGAUUUCCGAAAUGAAAGCAGCUGUUCUCAAAAAGCUUCCCAAGUACUUCCUGCCCGACUAUUGGGUGCCGGUCGACGGUUUCCCCCGGAACAAAAACCAAAAGCUAGACAGGAAACAAGUUCAGGCGUUCGUAAACGGCCUGAGCGAUGUCCAAUUGGAGGCAUGGCAUUUGGAUAAUUAUGCCAGCGCGGGCCAUCUGAUGGAGCAGCAGGGAGGGGAAGCCACAAUGGCAAAACCUCCUAGCCCCCAACCGUUGUCAGGGCGUACAAUCGCAUCAACAUCAACAUCACCACGAUCAGCGUCCACCGAUCUUGUGAUCGCCGCCUUUGAGAAGAUACUUGGCGCCGGGAAAGCGAUCGAUGCGGAAACUAACUUUUUUGCGGUCGGAGGCGAUUCCAUUUCGGUAAUCCGCUUGUGCACAGCUUUGCGUGCAGCCGUCGUGGCGGCUGGCCUGGGCAAGAUUACCCUGAGGGUACGCGAUAUCUAUGCCGUGCCAACCCCGGAGGAGCUGGCCGGCAUUAUCGAUAAACAAACGGGCAAAAAUGUUGAUUCGGGCGGUCGUCAAUUGAAAAAGCCGACACCGCCAGACACGUUUCCAAUCACGCCCAUCAUGGAUUAUUUCUUACGCACUGGCCGAGCAAAUAUAAACUGGUUUAACCAGGGGCACGCCUUCCAGCUGGCGCCAGGCUUGACUUUUGAUGACUUUCUCGCGGCGUGGCGGAGGGUGGUCAAGAUGCACCCCAUGUUGAGAAUGAGGCUUGUAACACCACCAGGCCAAGAUCCAAAAGCCCUUGCUAGGCUCUCCAUCGCCGAAGCAGAAGACGCCAACGUCAAGAUUUCCAGGCGGGUAUUGGGCAGCUUGGCCGACCUUGAGAGUGAAACGCAUAUAAUGCAGGGCAGCUUGGACAUUGAGCACGGCCCUAUUUCCGGCAUAGUUGGCGAGUUUAGGGAUGGCAGCCGUGUGUACUGUUCAGCCGUCGUCCAUCAUAUGGCCAUAGAUGUUGUGUCUUGGCACAUUGUAUGCGAGGAUAUGGAAAACUUGCUGCGCAGACGCGAACCUGAGCCCGAAGUAUCUUCCUUCAAGGACUGGGCCGAGGAGCUCUUCUCGCGCCGGCCCAGCCACCUGAUAGAAAGUUGCGAUAUACGCAGCAGGACCGGUUUUAACCUUUUUGUGGAGGACACAUCGUGUCUGGAAAAGAACACGCACGCGACCGGGUUCUUCCUCAACGUCAAAGCGCCUUUGCACGUCGUUCAAGCUGCAGAAAAGUAUGGCGUUGACACGGUGGACCUGAUUCUAGCUACCCUGGUGUGCGCAUUUGGACGCUGGCGCGACAUGGACGGCGUCCAGCUUGUGUUCGAGUCCCACGGCCGCGAACUCAGCCAUGAAAAGCUGGAUCUCGCUUCGACGGUGGGGUGGUUUACUUACAUAAUACCCAUCUUGUUCCAGUUACCAGAUCCGUCCUCGGUAUCCAUCCCCAAGUAUUUUGCACAUGUGCACGAGACGCGCGUCGGGUCCAUGGCCCGAGCCGAUUUUGCCGCGCCUAUCCUCCCUGUCGGAGGCUGCAGCUCUCAAGAGCCUGAAUGCCUGGCAGUGCUUAAUUAUCUUGGUCACAACACGAGUGGAAGUGCCGAUAGGGCACUCCGACGCGCCAACGAGGUAAACAUGGGUAGCUGGGAAGAUCCGCUCAACAAACGUCCGUUCGUUUUCGAGUUUGAGAGCAGCAUUGACGAUGAUUGUGUCAACCUCGGCGUCUUCUUCAGCCGGGCUAUCCAUACCGAGGCGGACAUGCACAAACUGUUAAGCCUCUGGGACUCGACACUGCGUGAGUUCGCAACGGGCAGCUGGAUAGUGGAUGGCCUGUUGGACAAGGCAGCACAACCUCGGUGGAUUCCUCAGGAACUAACGCCGCACCGGGAUGCUCUCGAGGCGGCGCUGAGGAAGCACAAAAUCCAACCCAGCCAAGUUGAGCGCCUUGUGCCAGCCACGGAUAUACAGGCAGCCAUGGUCCUCGCGAGCCUGGGAUCCCGCUCCUACAUGCACAGUUACGACUACGAUGUGGAGGUGCCGGAUUCGAAGAAAUUAUGCGCUGCCUGGGCCGCCAUUUUCAGGCGUCACUCCAUCUUCCGCACCGUUUUCUUGCCGGUAGCACGAAGUGUUUCCGCUGCCCCCAACACAAACCUGCUGCAGGUGGUGCUCAAAGCGGACUCUGUAGCCGAUGACCAAAUCGUUGCCAUGGGUCCUCCGCCUCCCAAGAUGCGGGCAGCAUACGGACAAAUCCUCAGCAAGAUUUUCCUCUACCAGGAUCUUGAAGCCUUCUACCGGGGAUCCCUACCCAUCACCUGUCCCGCCCCUCAGUUUGCCGACGUUGCCCAGCACCAGAGUUCAAUGGCCGGGCAGGUAAGCCAGGAGGAGCACCUCGAAUUUUGGACAAGGUAUCUGAAAGAUGUUGAAGACGGUGGUAUACUCGUGGACCAUUCCAUUGACCCAGUCAUGCAGAAGCAGCUGGCGGAAGACCGACACCAAAAAGUCCGGCUCGACUUGGACCUGCAGCGCCUCGUCACUGUUGCAGCUCAACGCAGAACCAGCGUGCUCAACAUAGUUCGCGCAUCAUGGGCGCUGGUUCUGGCCGCGUACGGAAGCAGUCAGGAUGUGGUGUUUGGCACGGUCUCGGCAGGAAGAGGCAUCGACGUGCCGGGGGUAGACGUCGCCGGUGUGGUCGGGCCUCUACUUGGCACCUCCCUUCUGAGGGUCAAGGUGGAUUGGACGGCAACAGUUGAUGAAUUUGUCGAUGCUGUGACGGAUACAUGCAUGGAUGUAGCCGAGCAUGAGCUAGGCUUGUCGCUUCGGAAGAUUUUGGCGGCGGGAACGGCAGGUCGGAAGGGUUCAGGAGGAGCCCUGUUCAAUACGUCCAUUAUGAUGCCUGUUGUGGGGAAACCCCGUCUGGCAAACCAAGGCGAGGAGAAGCCCCGCGAGCAGGAAUCGUUCAAGAUGACGGCCCGAGAUAGAGACGAGGUGACUGACAUGCCCCUUAUCGUGACGGUCGAGCCUGGCGUCAGCGUCCCCAAAACAACCGUCAUCUCAGGUCGCAUGCACGGCCGUGAUUUUGACGACAAAUACAUCGGGCGCCUAUUGCGCAGCCUUGGCUGUGUGUUGAGCUCAUUUGCGACCGCUCUUGAGUACAACAGUACUGUAGCUCAAAAGAUACCGGAACGGACUGCAAUUCGACUGUGCGACAUUGACCUACUCGACAAAGAGCACGCGACCCAGAUCGAACAAUAUGCCACGGGGCCAGAAUAUCCCCCGGAUGCCGAGUUGACCUGCUGGGAUAUUCUCGACAUGCGAGCGCGCAAGUCUCCUCGCAGCGUCGCAAUCGAGUUUCACACUGCCAAGGCAAAAGGAAAGGCGCGCACCAUCACCUACAGCGCACUGCACGAGCUAGCCGAGAAGGGAGCAGCAGGACUGGCUCUGCAAACCUCGACCCUCGGCAAAACGCUGCAUGGAGAGCGAGUAGCUCUUUAUCUGGACAAGUCCAUCGAAACGGUAGCCACCAUCUUUGCUGCGCACCGUCUCUGCGCAACCUAUGUCCCGCUUGACAUCGAAAGCCCUCCAUCGAGGAUCCGCGACCUUGUCGGAUCAAUCCGCCCGGCCGCCGUGGUUUGUGAGCUCAAGGACAAGCAGCUGCUCUCGGGUCUGCUGGGUUCAGAAACGAUAGUGGUGACAAUCCAGGACAUAUUUGGGGGGACGGCCGGUGGUGCGGCGGGCAGCAAAGGUCGUUUGGAAUCGACUCGACCCAAGCUUGACGAGGUUGCUGCUAUUCUAUUUACCUCGGGAAGCACAGGUUUGCCCAAGGGCGUUCUAAUGCCGCAUCGCCAAGCCGCAGGCUUCGGAGUCAUGAUGGCCUCGGCGCUACAGUACCGCACUUCUGAUCGCGUCUUCGCCUUUGCUCGAAUGCUCUUCGAUGUGGCGCUCACCGACAUCUUUGGGACAUUCUACGCCGGAGCCACGCUGCUGUUGGCUCCGCAUGCUGAGUGUGUGAGCCGUCUCCUGCCGCUCCUUCAAAGCACGCGUGCCACGUGCGUUUUCUGUACGCCCAGCGUCGCUGGGCUGUUGCCGGGACCGGACCGCACUCCGCUCCUCCGCUGCAUGUGGAUAGCUGGCGAAAGAGCGACAGAGGCCGUGAUCAAAAAGUGGACCUGCCCUCGUCGUGACGGAACUAAGCAAGCCGUGCGUCUCGUUAACGGCUACGGUCCUACCGAGGGCGUAGUCAUCACUUGGAAGCUGUGCAGACCGAAUACCGAUGGAUCGUGUGUCGGGCGUCCUGCGAUGGGCAUGAAGGUGCGCAUCCUGGACGAAUAUAUGCGACCUGUGCCCAUCGGCACCAAGGGGCUUAUCUGGUGCUCGGGGCGUCAACUAAGCCUCGGCUAUUUCGGGCGAAAAGAUGCCACUGAUGCCGUAUUUCGUCCAGAUCCGUGGAAUGCCGGGAACGAGCUUAUUUACAACACUGGUGAUAUCGGCGCUUACAAUGCCGAGGGCGAAUUGCUCUACUUUUCGCGGAAUGAUCGCCAGGUCAAAAUCCAUGGGCAACGGACCGAGCUUGGCGAGAUCGAGAGCCUGCUCGGGUCAAAUGAUGAGCAAGUAGUUGUUAUUCUCUUCAACAACGGCCAAGGGAACAACAACUCGCCGAGAUUAAUAGGCUUUCACGCCGCCAACAGUCCAGCUCGAGACCACACCGUGGAUGGGGCCUGUGAAGUCAAAGAAGACACCAGCCCUAUAGGGCAAGCUCGCACCCAAAUGCUCCAAGCACGAGCCCGCGAUAAACUUGCGCCGUUCAUAGUGCCCAACAUGCUCAUCGCCAUCACAGCUAUGCCGCUAAAUUCCAACGGCAAGGUUAACCAAUCAAAGCUCAAGUCUUUCUAUGCAGCACGCCAAGGGGCCAGUCCCUUGUCGGUCAAUCUUCCUAGUCCUUCUACCAUCGAGGCGCACAAACCUGGUUCGAAGGAUUUGGAAUAUCCCACCCCGCCGAAUGAUGCUCUAGCGGACUGCCUCGUGCACUUUCGGUCACGUAAAAGCUCUGGGCCAACCCAGCAAAGAACCAUCUAUGGACUCUUCGCCGUCACAGGCCUAUCAAGGCAAUAUCGCGCCAUCGCUGAGAGACUAACUCCGGACUUCAACCUUGUUGGCGUCGACAACAUAUUCCGUGACCAGCCAAAGCACUACCCCUCCAUCGCCGGAGCAAUGGCUGCCGACCAUGCAGCCGCCAUUCUUCAUCACCUUUACCCCGUGGACGGUGGGCCGUGGUGGAAUAGUGUGACUGAGGCGCCCCAUGCUUCUCACUCGCACUGGGAAUCUGCGCCGGGUCUGGAGGACGGGAAGAACUCGAUUGCAUUCAUGUCCACAUUGUGGCGCUGGGCUAGCCCAGGAACCAACGGGGGACUAAGCUGUGGAUGGACAUGUACGGGGUGUUCGCCGGCUUUUCGAAGCUUUCUACUCGCACUAGGGACGUACACCGGGGCAGAUGAUGUCGUCGGCAUGUUAGGCGGAAGAGACGCUAUUUUAGCCGGAGAGGACGGAUGCGCGCGUCGGUCUACCAAGAGGCCUUUUUGUGGAUGCGGAAAUGCAAGGAUGAGGACCGGCCACGGCGAUUUCAAAGCCUACCAUGACCGUUUCAACCACCAGGAUGCAAACACCUCGUGUGCCUGGUGCUGGAAGCGGACCUCCCCUGAACACCCGGUGCACUGCCGCUUUUCGUGGGCGGUGUGGAGAAACUGGCCGUGGCCUGACAACGACCGGCCGGUCGGGCCGCCAGACCGCGCCCAACGCCGCAAAUUCUUCCAGACAAGCCUCGGGCAACCGACAAGCUUUCAGGCGUUUUCGAUAGCCACCAACUACUUCAGCGCCCGCCCCAGAGCGGCCCGCCAGCGCCCCGCGCGCCACGAACGCACUUUACGCCUAGGGACACCGAUCGUAAACGACUCGAACUCUGACGAGGAAUAG